CCACUGUAAAGCAGCCCUGGGGCGGUGGGGCCCGGCCAGGAAAGCGUUAACCUUCCCUGCAAUGCUGAAUCCCAGCUCACGGUGGAGCUGCCUUCCUCUCUUCCACCCCCAACUUCCAAUUCACUCCAAACAACUCCGGGACAGAAUUGCAGGGAAAAGCUGGAGGUUCAGACUAGACUUGUUGAUCUCUGUUCCCAGGCAGCAGAAGGAAGUACCGGAGCUUUCCUUUGUGUCUGCACGGAGACAGAGCUGGGGAGGGGGCGGGGGCAGAUGCGGCUCCGGCGUUGACAGUAGGCAGGAGUGAAGAGCCGCAGCCGAGGGAAGGCCUUGGGAAGCUUCCUGCCGAGGGAUCCGAUUUACCUCGUUUCCCUUCCCCCUCCCCCGAGCUCCGUGGACAGCCGGGAGCGCGGCCGCCAUCCCUCCGCCCUGAGGCUGCCCGCGGGGGGAUGCGAGAGGGGCCGCCGCUGCUGCCCGCCCCGCCGCAGGAUGUAGCUGCCCUCGGCCCCGCACAGCCCCGCACCCCCUCGCUGGGAGCCCGCAGGAGGAGCUCUGGGGCAUGGAGGGGAAGGAGAGGUGAGGAGAGCCGGCCCCCAGCACCCUGCCCCACGCCGCACCUUGGAGCAUCCAGCCUGAGGGGAACCAGCGAUGCCUCUGGGGAUGAAUAAGCAUGGAUCUCGCUCUACUACCUCUUUGCCUCCGGACCCCACAGAGAUCGUCAGGAGCAAGGCCUGCUCCCGAAGGGUCAAGCUUAACGUGGGGGGGCUGGCCCACGAGGUUCUUUGGCGGACCUUGGACAGGUUGCCACGGACCAGGCUGGGUAAGCUCAGAGACUGCAACACACACGACUCCCUCAUGGAGAUCUGUGAUGACUACAACCUGGAAGAGAACGAGUACUUCUUCGACAGGCAUCCUGGGGCAUUCACCUCAAUCUUGAACUUCUACCGUACUGGCAAACUGCACAUGAUGGAGGAAAUGUGCGCCUUGUCCUUCAGUCAGGAGCUGGACUACUGGGGGGUUGAUGAGAUCUACCUAGAGUCUUGCUGCCAGGCCCGCUACCACCAGAAGAAGGAGCAGAUGAAUGAGGAGCUGAAGAGAGAAGCCGAGACACUGAGGGAAAGGGAAGGGGAGGAAUUUGAUAACACUUGCUGUGCUGAGAAAAGGAAAAAGCUCUGGGAUCUCCUGGAGAAGCCCAACUCCUCUGUAGCGGCCAAGAUUUUGGCAAUCAUUUCCAUCAUGUUUAUUGUACUAUCUACAAUUGCCUUGUCCCUUAACACACUUCCUGAACUACAAGGCAUGGACGAAUUUGGGCAGACCACAGAUAAUCCCCAGCUUGCCCACGUGGAAGCAGUGUGCAUUGCAUGGUUUACAAUGGAAUACCUCUUGCGGUUCCUAUCCUCGCCUAAGAAAUGGAAGUUUUUCAAAGGCCCGCUGAAUGCUAUUGAUUUGCUAGCUAUCUUACCGUACUAUGUCACUAUCUUCCUCACAGAAUCCAAUAAAAGUGUACUUCAGUUCCAAAAUGUACGACGAGUGGUCCAAAUAUUUCGGAUUAUGAGGAUACUCCGGAUUCUCAAGCUCGCCCGACACUCAACGGGUUUACAGUCCUUGGGGUUUACACUGAGGAGGAGUUACAAUGAGCUUGGAUUACUCAUCUUGUUUUUGGCCAUGGGCAUUAUGAUCUUUUCCAGUUUAGUGUUUUUUGCAGAAAAAGAUGAGGAUGAUACGAAAUUCAAGAGCAUCCCAGCUUCUUUCUGGUGGGCAACAAUCACCAUGACGACAGUAGGCUAUGGAGACAUCUACCCCAAGACACUUCUAGGUAAAAUAGUAGGAGGACUGUGCUGCAUCGCUGGAGUGCUGGUGAUUGCUCUUCCCAUACCAAUUAUCGUCAAUAACUUCUCUGAGUUCUACAAAGAGCAGAAGAGGCAGGAGAAAGCCAUUAAGCGCAGGGAAGCUCUUGAAAGAGCAAAACGAAAUGGCAGUAUUGUUUCCAUGAACAUGAAGGAUGCAUUUGCCCGUAGUAUAGAACUCAUGGACAUCGUGGUUGAAAAGAACGGAGAAAGCAUAGCUAAGAAGGAUAAAGUUCAGGACAAUCACUUAUCUCCCAGCAAAUGGAAAUGGACCAAGAGAACGCUCUCUGAAACUAGCUCUAGCAAAUCUUUUGAAACUAAGGAACAAGGCUCUCCAGAAAAAGCCAGGUCAUCUUCAAGUCCCCAGCACCUGAACGUCCAGCAGCUGGAGGACAUGUAUAACAAAAUGGCAAAGACUCAGUCCCAGCCAAACCUGAAUACUAAAGAGUCAAGUCAGCCUGGAAAGCAAAAGGAAGAGCUAGAAAUGGAAACCCUCCCUGGCCCUAUGGUGCCCUUGCUGACGACUCGUGCUGACGGGAUCAUUGACAUGAGGAGCAUGUCCAGCAUCGACAGCUUCAUCAGCUGUGCAGCGGAGUUCCCCGACUCAGGGAGGUUUUCCCACAGCCCGCUCGCUACCCUUCCCUGCAAAGGUGGCAUCAACGCGAUCCCGGAGCAGAGCAGGGCAGAGGGGAGCGCCGCCAGGUUCGUGGAAGUGAACCCCAGCUCCGAAGGCAGCCACCGCUCUGCUUUUUUCAUAGAAAGUCCUAAAAGCUCCAUCAAGGCCAGUAACCCUUUAAAACUAAGAUCUCUGAAAGUCAACUUCAUGGAAGAGGACACCAGCACAUUAGCACCAGCAUCAAACGUACUGAGAAUAUAUCCAGACCCUCUCAAGGGCAGGGGAGCUGCUGCUGCUGGCACAGAUACUUCCUUACUCUCUGACAGAUCUCUCGUGAGCCCAGAAACCUCCAUCUAUACAACUGCAAGUGCGAGAACACCCCCAAAGUCACCGGAGACGCAGACAGCCAUAGCUUUCAACUUCCAUGAUGCCGGUAUACACAAAUACAUAGAUGCUGACACUGAUGAUGAAGGUCAGCUGCUCUAUGAUUCGAGCCCGCCUGGAAAUGUGAGUCCCAAGUACAAUGUCACAAACAGCGGCUAUCUAAAGCAAAAGGACAAUGUUUACAGAACAGACAAGAACCAUCUAGAAGCUGCUGCUUUACCCACCUCCCCUAAGCUAAUAGGGCAAAACUGCAUUUACUCUGUGGAAGGUAUCACUGGAAGAACCCAGGGCAAUCAGGAGACUGUCAGACUAGAAAAUCACAUUUCCCCAGAAGUCCAUGUGUUACCGGGCAGCGGAGGACAUGCUAGCACACACGAUCAAAGCAUCUGAGGUGGGCUCCAAAAGAACUUCCUGAAAGUUUAAAGCAAUGUCUUUACAGUCAACACAAAAAAAAGAGCUUCUGCAUGGCAUGAACUUGGCUGAAACAAGCCACCUGUUUCUAAAAGUCUGGGGGAGGUCCAGUGUGGGUUUGUGAAAAUGUCCUUCUCUGAAACAACUCUAAAGACAUUGCCCACAUCAGUCAAAAAUAAGGAUUGCAAAUCAUGAUCACACAUUGAUCUCCUUUCAUGUUGUCCAGUGAAGCCAAUGUGACCAAAUAUCCAUCCAUUCCCCUUGAACGCUAGAGCUCCUUUUGGAAAUAUUAAUAUCUGAUUCGCAUUAGUUCCAUAAAGGAUGCCAAGGCAGCCAGAUUUGAACUCUGGAAUAAAUUGCUGGGGUUGGUAUAAAGCUAUCAAAAACACAAUGCUCACUGCUUCAGGGCAGCUGUUCCCCAUCUACAGCUUCCUCUGAUGGAUAAUAUGUCUAAAGGUAGCAGGGAACACGUGCAUUAUUAGAAAAUCCAAGUGGAAAAAAACAUUUAAAACAAAUAACGGUCUAGAGAAACCAAUUAUUAAAAUGCUCUGUGUGUGUUUAAUAAUACAAUAUCCUGUAGGACCUGAUGCUUUCUUUUGAAAUAUCAGCAGGGUGAGUUGCACCACUUGUAUCUUAAUUCCAAACAUCCCCUAGGCCAUAGUGAGACUUGCACUUACCCUCUGCUAACAAGCGACAGCUGCCCCAGGGCCGUGCGCCCGCGGGGCCCCCCCGGGGAGGGCGAGGAGGAGCCAUGCAGAAGCAGCAAUCGCCGGAGGCAUCGCAGCCAGCCCCUUCCCGUCCGGAGCGCAGGGCCGGCCGGAGAGCGCGGCUCCCGCCCUGCCCGCCGCAGAACGGGUGCCGGCUGCACUGCCGCGGGGAUGCGCCGGGGCACCGGCGGCACCGGGGCGGCUCCCCGGGCCGCCCCGAGGCGGCAGCCGAAGUGUCGCCCUUGGCGUAGGAGAGGAACCCGGUCGGUCUGAAGCUUUUUGCGCCCGAGCGGUGCAGUGAAAGAUAUGCAAGCGUUACAUAAAUAUGCAAAAAGAGGGAUUCGUUAGCGGCCCGGCCCGGCCCGGCUGCGCUCUCUGUCGCGGGGAUGUCGGGCAGGAGCGGCUCCUGCAGCGCUGCGGCGGAGCGGCUGCGAGAGGCAGGAGAACCAGGCCUGAUGUUUUCACAACAUCCAGUCGUUUUUAAACGAAAAAAAAGAAAAAAGAAAAAAAAAAAAGAAAAGGAUCUGACCAUUUUAAAUGACCAGAACUAGCCGCCACCAGCCUAGGUUUUUAAAAUAUUAUUGUUUCAAUAAAGUUAUGUCAAAUUGUGUAGGAAAUAAUUUGUCUUUGGUUUUUAAUCUCGGGGGGGAAAAGCACUUUACGUUGACUUUUUGUUGUCGUUGUUGUUGCGAUGCUGGAGUAGGAUAGCAGAGUGUAACAAUCAAGCACUUUAACCAAGCACUAUUUUGAUUUGUGCCUCCUGUCGUGGCCGUGAUUUGUUACACGCCUGUAGCAAGUCACAACCUGUCCUGUGGUAACUGUGAUGGUAAUCUUUUAUGUUGUUCUCUGUUUCUACUGUAAACCACAAUUGUAAAUAACUCUGUCAAUGAGCGUUUCCUGACCCAUUUCUGAGUACCUGCCGGGGCGGGGGAGGAUCUGCACGGAGCGGGUCCGGGACACGCAGGGACGCGGGGUGCGGGGCAGGGGCGCCCGGGCGGGACGAGGACCCCGAGCCGCCACGUCCGCUGCGACCUGUUCCUUCCUAUUGUUAAAAACAAACAAGCCGUUGGUUAGUCCUGAAUGUAAACGUCUGUCCGUCCAAGCUGUACAGUACUUCUGUCUGUAAUCCGUAAUAGUGAGUGCAGCAUGUACGGACAAAAGCAAUAAGCACAUAUAUGUUUUAGGAACUAUUAUGGGUUACGGUGAUAGCUUUGUUAGCACAAAACUGUACGUGCGUUGGAGUUGACUCAGCUCCGCUCAGCCGGUCCCAGCCCGGGGGGUGGGACGCAGCCCAGGUACCCGCUCAGAUGUCGCCCUUGCGUCCCAGCAAGGAGAGACCUUGGGGAGGGCACGAGUGAGACCUGAGCCACCACCUCACGAAUCAGCCCUCACGCCGUGCACAGCGACACGGGAGAUGCUCGAUAAGACCAAGGCAUCCACGCGUGCACAGGAUACUCUGCGGAGUAUUCAGGCAGGGCCAGUUCCUGAGGUUCGUGUGCUCUUGCUCUGCCUUCGCUCAGCCAAACCACCGUUCCUGCGAGCGGGCUCUGCCUGGUGAAGGACUUUAGGAUUUGGCCAUAGUAAAUACAAGUGUACUUAGAGGAACCGAUGUAUUGCUGAGAUACUAGUUAAGAUUGAGCCGUCACGAAAAGGUAAAGUGACUUUCCAGCAGAUAAGCUUUAAAUACUGAUUUAUUCUGUGGCUUUCCGAGGCCGUAGAGUGGCAACGAGAAAUCUUCAAGAGAACAGUCUUAACACAAUCUCUAUGUUUCAGUGACCAUUCAUGUCUGCCAUCAGCACAAAUGUAAAAAGAAGAAAAAUCAGGGAAAAUUUUUUGAUAAAGUAAGUAAUAGUGAUUUCCAAGUUAAAUAUUUUUAGAGCUGAUGCUUUCAUGUGGAAAAGAAGUCAUAUUUUACAUAUCACGAAAGUGAACGUAUUUAAAUAUAGCCAUAUAGUGUAGUAUUUACCACACUCUCAUCCAAAUUGAUGUAUUUGGUUUAUAGAUGGCACUGACAAAAAUGUAUAGAUCAACAAUUCUAUCAUUUUUAACUGAUAAUCAACUGGUGCAACUCUCCUUGUAACCAAAGGCCCUCUGUCUGCCUUGUGUGAUCGCUCACGACACACAUCUUACAUCAUCUAUUUAGUCCUACCUUUAAAGUAGCAUUUUAUUGAGUCACUUUUGAAAGCCAAAUUCAAAAGUAUCAUUAGAAAUCUACCUUUUGAGUCUGAAUAGCCAAAGUCCGAUAGAUUUCUUAUAGAAAGCAAAUAAUUUAAAAUGAAGCAUAUAAUAUGCUUGAAGAGCAUUUCUUUCUUAUUUGUGUACGAAGAUGUAGCUCUCAUUUUGUGCCCAGUUAAAAAGAAAGUAUGUUUAAUUUAUUUUAAUGAAAUAAAGUCUGAAUAUGAAGUAUGUAUCUAUAUAUGUGUGUGUGUGCAUAAUACACAUAUAUAUAAUGUAAGCACUGGGAAAUCUACUCUAACAUAAAGCUACGGUAGACUAACUCUGUACUCAUUACAAAAGGGAAAGCAGUGCUUUGAAAACAUAACGCUCACCAAAUCCUGUAGACAUAGAAAAACAAUUUCCUUUUAUAGUUUGGUUGAUACAUGUUUCCCAAAGGUCAUUAAAGGUGGGGAAUAUAUGCAAUAUCUCGUGCAUCGAGCUAACGCAUGCAGGUUAAUCUCUGGUAUUCGGCAUUCAGGUCUGCGAAUUUCCUGCGCAUCAUGUAUCGAGCAAGCUGACAGCAUUCCACCCGCUGCCGCGGGACACAUCACAUCAAAGGGACUGUGUACGCGUGGCGCCUGCCCUUGCUUGUAUCUUACGCCAUCAACAUCAUUUUUAAUACAUAUAUAUUAAAUAUAUAUAUAUAAUAUAUAUAUGCGGAAGGAAUGGGUGCAGCUUUCUUAGCCAGGAGGCAAAUAUCCUUUGAGUUUUAGACUUCAAAAGCGGGAAACAGCAGUCACAUCGCAGUAGAUUUCUCAGUGCCUUUUCUUAGAAACUUCACCUAAGCACACUUACGGAAAGAAAAAACACGGAACAAAGUCUCCUGUGAAAUCCACAUUUUUGCGAAAGGUUCGAGAGUCAAUAAAGGCAGAAGAAGGGGACGCGCAUUCCCCUCCCGAACACACCGUGUGUCCAGCGCCAGGAGCAUCCGCACGUCUGUCUGGGCAAGUCACGCAGAAACACCCGAGGAGGGGGGUUCUUUGGCAACUAUGGCUGUGAUAAACUGUAGCCUUUUCUUCCCUUGCAGCUAAUAAGAUACACAUUUCUAAGGAAAACAGUACUCUCUUCUGUAAAAUUGUAAUGUAUUGUUAAUAUUUGUACCUAUUGUAUAUUUAUGUCUUGACAAAAUUAUGACUGGUACAGUUUAUAGUAAAUAACAAGGGUAUUUAAAACUCAUCGCAAAGACAAGGUUUCUAAAGCCAGGUUCUCUCUCUGUCGGUAAGCUCCAUGUAUCACGAUCUCCAGUAGUUUUUAAUGCCUCAUUUUAAAGCGAAUAAUCGAAUUAGUGAAUGAAGCAUCAGGCGGUGGAGCCGUGCGGCACCGCUGCCCUCCCGCGGCUCGGGGGCGGGAUGGGGAGGUGGCUUCCCCCCCACACCAAAUUAGCUCCCGCUCCUCGUUCGGUCACUCACUUCGGCUCAUGGUGACCAGGCUGAACAAGCGUUACCUUAGGUUGCUUUAGGACCACUCACCUGGGGAGAAUAUGGCUUUAAAUAGGUCUUGAAUAAAGUACAGAUGUUCUAGUUACCUCUGUACCUUCUGUUUGCCAUUGUGUUGGCUUUAUAAGUAUCUGAUGUAUGGAAAAGUCAUGUGACUUUCAUGCAUUCCAGAGUAGUCUAUUUUUCUGUUCAGAUUAAAAAAAAAAUUAUAUAUAUAUAUAAAAAUAUAAAUAUAUAUCUGUAUUUUUAGCAAAUUUAUAAUAGGGCAAUCAAGUCAGAUUUCUUCUUUUUGUAUUACAGAAUAAUAUAUUAGAUGCUUUCUUGGUGUCCAUUUACAUAGCUGACCCCCUGGUCUGUUGGCGUUACUUUCUUCCGUUCUGCAAACCGAACCAAACGACCUGCACCGUCCCUGCUGGACGUGCGUCCGCGAAAGGUCACGGGUUUGUCUGAUGUUGUCAUGUUUUCGUAUUUUCCUGUUUGUGGUACUUUUAAACGUAACAAGGGACUGGUUAGGGAAGCAAAGAAAUUCCUCCUGAGAAGCACACGGGGCCAGACCCUGCCCUGGGUCACAGCAGCAGGAACGUCCACAAGUGCCGCGGGCUCCAGCGCGACCGCAGCCGGCACUGCAGUGGAGCCCGUCCAGAUCUUCACUGAGUAACCUGGGAGUGUAAAGAAGAGACAGGAUUUGAGCCUGACGGCCCUAAUAAUUAUGAUGGAGUUGGGACGAGCAUCACAAUUCAGGCUCUCGUUUUAAGGCAGUGACCUGACAAUGCUCAGGCAAAGCUCCCGUUUUCAAGGGAGUUUUUCCUGGGUUAAAAGAGACAGGUAAAGAGUUUCAUUUCCCACGGGGUUUUGGAAUUUCGGACAAAAUCAGGACAUGAGAAAAAAUUAUGGGGGAAUUAAGAAAAAAAAGAAAUCUUCCUCCCUCCUUUAUAGCUGUACUGUCACGUAAAUUGGGUGAAAAGCCCAUGAGAUAAAUGUGCAUCCUGACGCUGUCUCAUGGCCCAUUGACGCUUGGCACGACAAAGAGCCUUGGACUGGUUCUGGAGCUCUGCACAAACAUCCUCCGGGACGCGCACGGCAGGCUGCCCAGUGACCGUGGUUGUUCCAAAGAUGGAAUUUGGGUCCCAUUUCCUUAUGUCUGCUUGCGCGAUUUUCUUAUAUGCCCACCACACCAGGCAACAAACCGGAAACAGAGUUCAUUUUGGAGAACAUGUGUUUCAGAAAGUCCAGAUACCACCCGAAUGAACAGAAUAAGCAGCAGACUCUGUUUUGUGUGUGAUUAUGUACAUUUACACAUGAGGUUAGCAAAACUGGGUGGGAUUUUCCUUUCUUAUGGAAGCGAUUAAUGCAAUAGCCCACCAUAUCUAACAUCAAAGAUCACAUAAAUCGCUUCAAUAGGCAUCUUCCAUACCAAUAAGUUUGUUUGAGCUUGAGUUUGGUCAACAAACCCCAGAAAGCUUCCAACGGGAUUAGUGUGUAAUCCAGCCCCGUAGGUGUCCCCCUCCCACACCACGACAGAGACACCCCGAAUACCAACCAGCCCUUCAAAGAAGAGGUGGUUAUCUUCCUGCGUGUGUUUUGCACCCUGUGCUGAUCAGAUUUAGGCUCUUGCACUGAAACUUUGUCUUGGCUGGACAAAGGACCCCUUAGGAAAGCAGAAAGUCUGCGUUCAGGGUGUGUAUCCCCUUCGUUGCUGGUGUUACCUAAGCCACAACUAAGUGUCCUUUGACACCAAUGGUAGGGUGCCACAAGUGUUCCUAUCUGUAAAUACUGCUCAGAAUUUUGCUUUGCUUGAUUCUGGCUUCAUCGCACAAGAAGUCUUCAGUCUAGAGGCUUAGAAGAGAAAGCUUCGUUUUUUUCUUUUUAAUUAGAAAUAAAACUGACAUUCUGUAGGACUGAGCAAGGAUUAACCUUUGAUAUUUUUUUUAAAGGGGUCUUUUUAAGACCUUUAAAAAACAAUGAUCAGGCUGGGCUCAGUGCAAAGACCCCCCCAAACCAGAGCUUUGUGGGAGCCAAAUUUGCAUGGAAUGUCCAAUUCUUUGCUGCUGUGAGUAGAAGCCCGUUGAUGUCAAUGGAGCUGUGCCCCAUUUAGUCCAGUAAAGAAUCUGGAACCACAUCUCUGAAAGAUAAAGGAAAACUGAAGGCUCUGUGUGACCUCAGGGAUGGAGGUGUCUGUCCACGGCACCUAUGAAGAAACCAGCGGGGCGAGGGAAGGGGAAGCAGAGACAGGCUAGCGAAAUGCAGGGAAAGGAGAGAAUCCUGCAGGCCAGAGGGUGAUAAUCACGUCAUUCCAGUCUUGGCCGAGCAACCCCCGUGUCUGCUCACCCCCCGCGGGCCUGACGCCAGCACCGGCCUUCCAAAGGCGCAGACCACUGUCCCUACAGAAGGACCACAAGCUCAGCCACGUAGUUCAACACCGUCAGCCCUCAGUCCAGGGGCUCACCGCUGCUGGGGGGCUGUACCGGCAGAUGGUCACCUCCAACUGUGUCGCAGCCUCUGCUCUAAUUGCCUGUCUACAUUUAUAACCAUUCUAGGAUUCACCGAUUCUUUUCUACUCUCUGUAUUUCGUUCAGGAGCUCUGCCCAUUAUGUCAUUUCUUCCUUUUAUGUUUCCCUGCCCCUAAGUACCAUUAGCCACAUAUUAGCUCAUGUGACCACGGGGAUUUAAUUUGUUUAUAUCAGUUUUGUUGGCUUGUGGCAAAGAUGGAAAACAUUUUUAUUUCCCCCAUUCUUUCUGGAUUUUUGGUGGUGGGUGCAUAGAAUUGCUUUUGCAUUGAAACAUUGCCCACUGGUGCGUUUGGGAGGGCAGAGGGGCAGCACCUCCAUGUACUUGGAACUCUGAAGCCAUGAUACCACAAUCAGAAAGGCCAGCCACAGCUAGCGACCAUACUCGCUUUCCAACCAGAUUAACAUUAAAAAAACCAAAUACCCCAACUUACUGCAGCAGAUUCUGCUUUGUAAUCAGGCCAGUGGAGCAGUUCCCGAGUGGGGAGAAAACUCUUGCUGAGGCACCACUGCGUGCUGUUCAAUGAGUCCGUGCCCGUGGAAGGACACGGGGCGGGCGCUCGGCGUUUCACGGGGUGGGGAACAGCCUCACGUCUUCCUUCUCCAAAAGCACAGACGGCUGCUGGACCUCCAGAGCGGCCUGUGAGCCCCGGGCAUGGCAUCUCCAAAGGGCAUCGAGGAGUGUCCAUAGUCAGUGAAGGGUAAGCAAGCUGUGGGGCUCCCUUUAAAAGAAUAAUGAUAUAGUUAAUGACAAAUAAAAACUGGAAAAGUAUGCUUCCUGUGGCUCUGCUAGCACACGUGGGUCAAACUUCUUUUGUACCUGGAAACAGAAGCCAGCUGUGCCCCGGCUUGGGAAAGGCAGAACGUGCCGGGUCUCUCCGUUGCCUGGCACGGCACCCAGUUUUCAAGGGGAAGCAAUGGAGAUCCCAGCCCAGGGCGUCUGUAACGAAGGGCAGCGCCUCGGCCUCUGCCCGACAGCCCAGCAGAUCCCGCACAAGCUCUUCUUUGGGGUCUUUUGGACCGACCCAAGGUGCAACACGUCAGCAGGAGUUUUCUCCCCAUUUAAGCAAUGUUUCAAUCCCUGGCACUUGGGGUGAUUACAGCAACAUUAGCCAUAAACUAGUGUACUUAGAGUCUUACGUUUUUUGUAACUUUGAUUUAGCCAUUCUCUGUUGAAGUUUAUUGACCUCUCCAGUUGUUUCCGUAAACAAAUGAUUAAAAAAAAAUCAGUGUCUUUAUAUGCAUGUAGUACUAUGAAACUGUGAUCAAUGUGUGACAUUCAGAAACUGUACUGUCUUGUAAAAUAUGUCCAAAUGUCUAAGGAUUUUAAAGCAAUGGUCCCUUACUACAGACUACAGAAAUAAAUAAAAAGGUAUGGAUAAAAGCAAA